AUGGUCACUCAACCAGCCAAGAUCCCCGUCGCCGCCCCAGGCCCCCUCGCCAGGGCUUUCCCAGCCGUCAUCGCCGUCGGCGUCAUCUCUGCCGUCGCGCUAAAUGUUCGCUCCCAACUGAAGACUCAUUCAGCCACCCAGGACCGCUUCUUUGCCAAGUACAAGAACCCCGAGAGCGAAGCCGUUCGCCAAAAGGUGUUCGAUGGCGCUGUCGAGGACCCUCGCAAAAGCUGGUUCAACGUCCUGGGCUGGUGA